AUCUCUACGUUUUAUUUGUUAUCAGAUAUGAGUGAUUCGUUCCGGACGUGACGGGCCUAUGAUAACGGUUCUUUUGAAGGAGAGGUAUGUUUGGGCUCUCUUUCUGCGCUGGGUGCUUUCUGUUUUUUUGUUCAGAAAAUGCCCAUGCGCGCCACUUUUCUUGUCAUAUCCUAUUUGCUUCUCCCCCAAGCAGGCUUGAUUGGCUUGAGAUUGGGCCACGAGAGCACAUUCCCGGUCCUGGUCCUAAACACAUUACAAUUUUGGCUUAUCCGGACCUAGCUCCGGAGGUUCAACGCCCUGGCAUACACCUAUCGCAUCCUGUCACCACUCCGCUUCCUACGCAGUGUGCGAUUCUUCGUCCACCAUCAAAACAUCUCUGCUAAUACCCUCUGUUCUUUCUGGCGUACAACUCCUCACCCAGUCAUGCUCUCUAUCGCCGCUGAGAUGGGCGCCUUCAUCUUCCGUAACUGGUAACUAAUGCAAUACAGUUGAUAGGGACUCGAUUACUCUUGACGCAGUUAGAAGCUGGUCAAGUUCCACUGGCACCCUCUGUGCCCUUU